AUGCAGAUUUUAAAAGCACGUUUCGCUCUAAGAGCGACUGCUUCACAGUUCCAAGCAUGGAGCUCAGCAAAAGGCCGUACUGCAUCUUCGGAUGCGAAGACAGUGGAAUACAAGCCAAUCAGAAGUGUUCUGGUGGCGAACAGAGGAGAGAUUGCUAUUCGUGUGUUCCGAGCAUGUACCGAGCUGGGCAUCCGUUCCGUCGCCAUUUACAGCGAACAGGACAAACUGCAGAUGCACAGACAAAAAGCCGACGAGUCGUACAUGGUCGGCAAGGGUCUACCACCAGUAGAGGCAUACCUCAGCAUCCCCGAAAUCAUCAGAGUCGCCAAGGAAAAUGACGUAGAUGCUGUGCAUCCCGGUUAUGGACUGUUGUCUGAAAGGUCAGACUUCGCUCAGGCGAUCCUUGACGCUGGUCUCCGAUUCAUUGGACCUUCCCCAUUCGUGGUGCAGCAGAUGGGUGACAAAGUCGCCGCUAGGAAAGCAGCUAUUGAUGCCAAGGUACCAAUCGUCCCUGGUACUGACGGCCCGGUGACCACAAAGGAAGAGGCCAUGGAAUUCUGCAAACAACAUGGUCUUCCUGUUAUAUUCAAGGCUGCGUACGGUGGUGGUGGCCGUGGUAUGCGAGUGGUGAAGGAGAUGAGUGAAGUGGCCUCGUCCUUCGAGCGAGCCUCGUCCGAGGCGCUGGGAGCCUUCGGCAACGGAUCCAUGUUCAUUGAACGCUUCAUUGAAAGACCACGGCAUAUUGAAGUGCAGCUUUUAGGUGAUAAGGCCGGCAACGUAGUUCACCUGUACGAGCGAGACUGUUCCGUACAGAGGAGACAUCAGAAGGUCGUCGAGAUCGCACCCGCCCCCGGAUUGGACCCUGAGACCAGGAAGAAGAUGACAGACUGUGCCGUUCACCUGGCGAGAUCUGUCGGCUAUGAGAAUGCUGGUACUGUGGAGUUCCUACUCGAUGACAAAGGCAAUUUCUACUUCAUUGAAGUCAAUGCCAGGUUACAAGUAGAACACACAAUAACAGAAGAGGUAACUGGCAUAGAUUUAGUACAAUCCCAGAUCAGGGUGGCUGAAGGAAUGACUUUACCUGAAAUGGGACUCACCCAGGACAAGAUUGAUGCUCAAGGAUUCGCCAUUCAAUGCAGAGUUACUACUGAAGAUCCAGCUAACAACUUCCAGCCUAGUACAGGAAGAAUUGAAGUUUUCAGGUCUGGUGAGGGUAUGGGUAUCCGUCUGGACUCCGCUUCAACAUACGCUGGUGCUGUUAUCUCUCCGUACUACGACUCUCUACUAGUUAAGGUAAUCUCCCACGCGCACGACCUUCCAUCAUCAGCCGCUAAGAUGAACCGCGCACUGAGAGAGUUCCGUAUCCGAGGUGUCAAGACCAACAUUCCAUUCUUACUCAACGUACUUGAGAACCAGAAGUUCUUGAAUGGAGCCCUAGACACAUACUUCAUUGACGAGAACCCUCAGCUGUUCAUGUUCAAGGCCUCGCAGAACAGAGCUCAGAAGAUCCUCAAUUACCUCGGACAAGUCCUAGUCAACGGACCAGCCACUCCUUUAGCCACUAAAAUACCGCCAGCAGUCGUCAAACCAUACAUUCCAACGGUACCACUGGACCUAUCCCCUGAGGCUAUUAAAAGACAAGAACUAACAGGGGAAAACACAGCUGUUCAACCACCAAAGGGUUACAAACAGAUUUUGAACGAGGGAGGUCCAGAGGCCUUUGCAAAGGCAGUCAGGCAGAACAAGGGUCUACUUCUCAUGGACACCACGUACAGAGAUGCCCAUCAGUCCCUGUUAGCGACCCGAGUCAGGACCCAUGAUCUCUUGGCUGUGUCACCAUACGUCGCCCAUAACUUUAGCAACCUGUACUCGCUUGAGAACUGGGGUGGUGCUACUUUCGAUGUGGCUUUGAGGUUCCUGCACGAGUGUCCAUGGGAGCGUCUCCGCGACAUGCGUCAGUUGAUCCCCAACAUCCCCUUCCAGAUGUUGUUGCGAGGCGCCAACGCCGUCGGAUACACCAACUAUCCAGACAACGUCGUCUACAAAUUCUGUGAUAUGGCCGUUAAAAAUGGCAUGGACAUCUUCAGAGUGUUCGACUCUUUGAACUACCUUCCAAACUUGAUCCUUGGUAUGGAAGCAGCGGGUAAAGCAGGUGGAGUGGUCGAGGCCGCCAUCUCCUACACUGGCGAUGUGUCAGACCCCAACAAGAAGAAAUACGACCUCAAGUAUUACCUCAACUUGGCUGACGAGCUCGUGAAGGCUGGUACCCAUGUGUUGGCUAUCAAGGAUAUGGCUGGAUUACUCAAGCCUCAGGCUGCUAAGUUGUUGAUCGGCGCCAUCCGCGACAAGCACCCCGACGUGCCUCUCCACGUGCACACGCACGACACGUCGGGCGCGGGCGUGGCCGCCAUGCUGGCGUGCGCGGCCGCCGGGGCCGACGUCGUCGAUGUCGCCGUCGACUCCAUGUCCGGCCUCACCAGCCAGCCCAGCAUGGGCGCAAUCGUCGCCUCGCUGCAAGGAACUAAACUCGAUACCAACAUCGCCCUCCAAACUGUAUCAGAGUACUCAGCAUACUGGGAACAAGCCCGCACUCUGUACGGUCCGUUCGAGGCCACAGCUACAAUGAAGUCAGGCAACGCUGACGUGUACCUGAAUGAGAUUCCUGGAGGACAGUACACCAACUUGCAGUUCCAGGCCUUCUCUCUUGGUCUGGGCAGCCAGUUUGAAGAGGUUAAGAAGGCUUACAGGGAAGCUAACCUGCUCCUGGGUGAUAUUAUCAAGGUCACUCCAUCUUCCAAGGUCGUGGGAGACUUGGCUCAGUUUAUGGUGCAGAACAAGCUCACAGCGAAAGAGAUUGAAGAGAAAGCCGAGGAACUAUCCUUCCCCAAGUCCGUCGUGGAGUAUCUGCAAGGAGCCAUCGGUAUUCCUCAUGGAGGAUUCCCUGAGCCACUUAGGUCUAAAGUACUAAAGGACAUGCCAAGGAUCGCAGACAGGCCCGGCAAGGAACUUGCUCCUCUGGACUUCGACAAAUUGAAGGCUGACCUCAAAGAAACGUAUCCCGAGGUGACAGACUUAGACGUAAUGUCAGCCGCCAUGUAUCCUCAAGUGGCGAACGACUUCUUCCGUAUCCGCGACAAGUAUGGACCUGUCAAGCAUUUGGACACCAAGACCUUCUUGGUUGGACCUAGCGUUGGAGAAACGAUAGAAGUCAAGAUCGAGCGUGGAAAGACGUUAGAUAUCAAGACCGUGGCUGUGUCUGAUGAGAUGACGGCGGCUGGAGAGAGGGAGGUCUUCUUUGAACUGAACGGACAACUCAGAUCUGUGUUCAUUAGGGACGAGAAUGCUAGCAAGGAAAUGAAAAUCCACCCGAAGGCCAUCAAAGGUGACAAGAACCAGGUCGGAGCCCCCAUGCCAGGAACAGUACUCACAAUCAAGGUAAAAGAAGGCGACAAAGUUGAGAAAGGUCAGCCAAUCGCCGUCCUCUCAGCUAUGAAGAUGGAAAUGAUCGUCCAAGCGCCCAAAGCCGGCACCGUCUCCUCAGUAGCCAUCACCAACGGACAGAAACUAGAAGGAGACGACCUAAUCUGCACCAUCCAGGAUUAA